AUGAACUCAGAAACGCGUGAUGACUCUCCCGAUGUGCAAGUUGAAUCUCAAAAUGGCACCCAGCCCAUUGUGCGUAUCAAACAAUACCCUGAGAAUGCCACCGGUCCGUUCAUAUCAAAAGAUCUGGUGCGGAAAUACACAUCAGUCCACGAAAUCAAAAAGGUCGAAGCUAGCAAACUCAGGGUGAUUGUGAACGAUUUAAAUCAUGCAAACGAUAUAGUUCGCAACCAGCUCUUUCGUCUGGAAUACCACGUGUACAUUCCGUGUAAACGAGCGGAAAUUGAUGGGGUUAUUUCGGAACUAGGUCUAGAUUGUGCUGAAUUGCUUAAAUCUGGACGCGGAAUAUUCAAAAAUAAGGAACUAGCUGCGUUACGGAUUUUAGAAUGUCGGCGCCUAAAAUCAGUGAAUAUUGUUGGUAAUGAGAAGGAAUAUGUGGAAUCAGCGUCUAUUCGGAUAACAUUUUCUGGCAAGGUUCUACCAGAUUUCGUUGAAAUCGAGAAGGUCCUAAUACCAGUACGACUUUUUAUUCCCCGGGUGAUGUUCUGCCAACAAUUACGAAGCGAACCGAUAGAUUGGGAACACAACUACUCAGCGGAAGAGAUCGCAAGGAUCCUAGUGCAGGCCGGCCAAAGCAGCAUCCCACGUACGAAGGGUACACCAGCUAAGCGCGCUGUGCAUUGGUGGAACCCGCAAGUUGAGAAGAUCAUCACCGAGCGCAGAAAGGCCCAACGGAGGCUCAAGAGAACGGAUAAGCAGCACCCGUCACGAGAGGAAAAAGAAGUAAAUUUCCGCAGGCUUCGAAACGAGGCCAGAAGGACCAUUGAUGAAGCCAAACACAAAAGUUGGAGUAAAUUCUUGGAGGGAAUCUUCCCAGACUCGUCUACUGCAGAACUCUGGAGAAAGGUCAACGCACUAUCAGGCAAGAGGAGAAAGUGUGGAUUCACCCUGGAGGUGAACGGAAAAGCCACGAAUGACCCCGAACUAAUCGCCAGAACAUUAGGGGAACACUUCGCAUCAUUGUUCUCGGACGCAGCCCUACCUGCACAAUUCAUUCCACGAAAGCGAAUAGCUGAAGCGAAGCCCACCGAGUUCCCACCGGAUACCGGGGCAGAAUACAACAAGGCCUCCACAGGGAUCGAACUAGCAGUGGUCUUGGCCACCGCCAAAGGCAAAAGCGCCGGCGCCGAUGAAGUAUGCUAUCCGAUGCUGACAAGGGCUCCACCGGAAAUCAAAAGAGCGCUGCUUAAGAGCAUUAAUGGAAUAUGGAAUGGAGAGAGCUUCCCGAAAUCCUGGAAGUCAGCGAUCAUUGUACCCAUCCCUAAACGUUGCGAAGGUAACCGCACCGCCUAUGACUUUCGCCCCAUCAAUUUGCUACCAUGCAUAGGAAAGACAAUGGAACGCAUGGUGAACAGGCGGCUGACGGACUACAUGGAGGGCAAACAGGUACUUGACAACAGAGAAAUCCUCAAAGCUGAAGCAGAAGCCAAAUGGAACUCGGAUCAAGCUGCGUUGGUUGAGAAGGAAAAUUUAGAGCUCAAACAGUACAACCAAAGACGAGCGGUCUUGUUCGAAACUGUCAAGUUCUUUAGAAAGAUUGAAAAAACUGCCUCAGACUCGCAACGCGAACUGCUGAAGCAGACAGAGUGGGAGCAAUAUGUGUCCUGUGAAAAACAUCCCAAUCCAUCCAAUGCAGCUGAUUUGCGAGAGUUCCUGUACCGGUGGACCUACGAGUUAGAGGAGCAUUCGAAAAGAGCGACUAGCUGGACGCUGGACAUCAAUGAUCGCAGUCCACUAACGCAGAAUGAACUGGAUCCUGUGGAAACUAGGAAGUUGCUUCAAGUGCAGAACCAAAGCACCGGCUACAUGUGGUAUCUAUCCGGCAUCCGGAAUGCUCUGAAAAUACUAACGCUCAUAGAGUCGACGGGACAGUACAAUUUGUCACAAAACGAAGUUGUGCUAGUGAGGGAUGAGAUCAGGCAAAAGAUUGCCGACGUGCUGAAUGACAUAACUAUGCGUGUUGGUGGGAACAUGUGGCGUGAUAUGACGCCAAUCGAUUCAAUCACUGCAGAGUUCCAGUUUACAUCGGAUAUACUUAAAUUUUACAUGUGGAGUUUUCGGGACGUUCCAUUGCCGCCUGAAUACAACUAUUUAGUAAAAUCCCUUACCUUGACGGCGAUAGAGACCACAUUUUCCAAACCACCAUCCUUCGAUCUAAAAGAUUCACUGAUUCGAGCAUUUUGGACCCGCUUUGACCACUUCUCCGAUCUCGAUCCCACGUUUCGUUGUUCUUUGCUGGAGACAGUGCCCGAUUUGAUCGCUGCUCAGGAAAUGGAGUGGGCUGAACGGAAUAAGAUGAGAACGGAAAAACUUCAAGAAAUGAAAUCGGCCCGAGAACAAUACGAAGCUGAUAAGCAGCGCAAAGAGCUAGAAGAGGCGGAAAAUGCCAAGCAAUCGGCAACUCCGGAAGGAGAAAAGAAAGCUGGUAAAGUGAAAAAGAAUAUGAAAGGUAAAAAAGACAAAGAGCCUAAACCGGUUCUCGUGACUCCACCACCGAUUAUAGCAGCGGAUACUACUGUCGAUAUUGAGGAUGAUUUUGUGCAACAGGAGGUGCAACAGUAUAAGGAGAAAAUGGAACGAAUCUGUCCGGAAUCUUUGAAUUUAAACGAAGGAUAUGUCAACCUUAGAAACCAUCGAAUCACAGGCGGAAUUUACACUAUAGGUCAAUUUGACAAGUUGCCUCAAUCUACUGAGUUAAGAUGCGAUUUUAUUUAUACUUCAAGUCCUUUGGAUCUAAAACUGAACGAAAAAACGUUCGCAAGUAAAGUCGAAGAGGAACUGAUUAAACUUGAAUUUAAGCUUCCGAAUAGUUGUUUUUGGUGGCACGAACCUGUCGUUUGCAGUUGGGAAAUAUGGGAAGAUAGCGAAGACUUUCAUUCAUUGGACAGAGAAUUGCAAGAGUACCAUCUGAACUAUGAGAAAAUAAUGGAGGAAAAAGCCAAACUUUUAUUCAGCGCACCGAAAGUAAUGAAAAAUGAUCUGAAGCCAACGUUUAUUCCUGACUUCAAUAUGAACGAAAUACCAACUGAUGUCAAACUGCAUUUUCUAAUCACAGAUCAUAUUCUACCAAGACUACCACAACGUUUCAAAUUCUACGCGGAAAUGCACGCACUUUUUAAAACCAUGCAAAGCCGGGUUUUCCGUGACGAACGGCUAAAAAUUGAAGAACAGCUUAACGAACUUUUGUACCCUAAAUUUGUGGAAUUGCAGUCUUAUAAUAAUCUCAAAGAUGACACAAAUGAAACCUUGCGACUUCCCAGCGCGAUGGACGCUCCCAAAGGAAAGGAAAGCGUAGCUAGUUUACAUGGACCCUUGAUCCCUACCGACAUGAAUACCCCUGUCCAGUCUAUCCUGUACGAACUAGGGAUGGAGCAAAUGUGUCCAUCCUAUUUGUUCCCCCCUAAUUACAACAUCCCCCUCCUGGUGAUAACGGAAAAGAAAGAGCUCGAAGAAUGCAAACUAGAAAUCGAAGAUAUCAUCCAGGAAAUGUACGACAACGUCGCCUCCGACGAUGAGUUUAGUUCCGAAAAUACCUACAAGUUGUUUUCAACAUUUCUGAAACUGCUCGAUCAUCUGAGAGAAAAGGAACAACCCAAGUUCCCCGAUGUUGUGACCCCAGGAGUGCCAGAAGACGAGCUGCUCGAUGAUUCCGGUAGACUUUCGAGAAUUAGGUCAGCAUCUUUCAGUCACCGUCAUCGGUUCGAGUCAAUGAGUUUUUCCCGGCGACUGUCUUCGUUUGUGAUACCCACUGACAAGAAGACUAAGAAAAAGAAGAAGGCGAAAAAGUUGGUCAAAAGUUCCUCGAUUAUUCCCAUGGACGAGAGACGUGAUUCCGGGAUAACUAUAGAGCAACCGAUUGAACUUGCGCUGUUGCCGCAUCCACCAGGACGAUGGAGCACCAAACUUGUUCGCAGACAAGAGUACGAUCCGAUUGAAGCUAAAUUGACGAUUUGGGUGGAACGAUUGGGCACGUUUGGGUUUGCAAUGGAGAAAUACUACAAUCUACCGUUUAAGAGUUGGGAUAUCAGGAGAACUGGUAAAAUAAUUGAUCUGACUACCACCAUAACUUUGAAAUGCGUUUGUAUUGAAAUUGCAAUAAACGUAACAAAAUCCGGUUACCGCAUUGAAUUCCUCAAUGCCCCACAAAAUCUCAAACCUCCCGCUAGCGAACUCACGCUGGACACAUUGGAAAAAAGUCUCACCCAGAUGAACAUCACUAUUUUUCCCGAGCAAGACGCACCCUUCUACGUGCACAACAUGACCACCCCGAAGCACGAGUCAAUGGAAAUGCACAACCUGAAGUGUAUGGCCGCUUUCUGCUUGACGCACAACUUUACCAACUGUUUCUGGAACAAGUACGCCCCGCACAGAGAGGCGCUGAUUCAAAGCCGACAGCUGAUUGAGGGUCGCCAGGAGCCGGAAUUUGUCACUGUUUCAAUGAACCCCUUGAAGGCGUCCACCGUUCUCGUGGAGGAGCUCUGUUCCCCAUUGGAUCAAGUUUUGCUCGGAUUCCAACCCGUACCGGAAAAUCAACCGUACAACCCGGACGUCUACAACCUGCUGAAAGACACCUUGGAGGAACCGUCGCGCAAGCUGUUGCAAAAAACACCUCCAAUGCUGCAGUGGAACGUUGCCCAGUUGCUGCUCAAGCUUCGUUUGUUGAGUUUUUCCUGAGGCACGGAAAUGCUCUACAUUAAGAAUUUUACCGCUAUCUUCACCUGCUAUUGCACAAAAUCACGACCCCGUCAGUAGGAGCGCGCCUUCAUGGUACAUGGCAU